AUGCUUCAUAAAUAUCUAGACUUUGCUCCCACUGCAUUUCAAAACCUGCUUUCUCAAGCUGCAGGUCCCGGGGGAACGCUGGUAUUUGCAGGCUCCAGACGAACAAUAAACAGCAUUGUACUGUUGAGCAAUGGAAUAUCCUUUGCUAUACAGGUGCUUGUCUUUCUUUGCAUCGGUAGCUUUGCUGAUUUUGGCACCUGGAGGCCAAAUAUACUCAUUGCGUUGUCUAUCAUCGCAUAUGCAGUUGGCUUUGGGUGGAUAGACGUCCACACUUCUGAAAAAUGGCACAUUGCAUCUGGCCUUUACAUUGUAGGUCUUAUCGCCUACCAGACUUGCCUGACCUUUUGGACAGCGGCCUUUCCCGGCCUUGCAAGAAAUACAGCCGAAAUUCGACAAAAGGCAGAUGAAUAUCGUGCUGGCCUCAUCACCAAGGAUGAUUUUGAUACCGUCGACUCGAUGAAGCGAAGCCAGUUGUCAAAUGUAGCCUUUUAUGUCCAGUCUGUUGGCGAGGUGUUUAUACUAGCCAUCAUUGUAGGCAUUAUGUUUGCAUUGGACGUCAAUGCCAGCGAGGCCAAUAAUAACAAGGGAUUGAGUGUUCUUAUUGCGUUUGCAACAGCUGUUUGGUUGCUCUUGUCGAUACCCUGGUUCAUCUUGGAGAAGAGACGGCCCGGACAAGAUCUGAAUGGAAAGAACAUCGUUCUGGCUGGUUUAGGUCAGCUAUAUCGUGCGGCGACUGAGAUAUGGUCUCUAAGGCAGAGCUUAUUCUACCUUAUCGUGAUUGCAACGCUUCAAAACAGUAUCGUUGCAUAUAACACGCUCCAGUUAACAUACCUUCUUAUAGUUGGCAUCGUUUCUCAGGCCAUCGGAAUCUAUGCCUUCUGGGCCAUACAGCAGCGCUUCAGCUUACAGCCCAAGACUAUGUUCAACGUUAUCGCAGUCGCCAUCAUUCUCCUUGACGGCUGGGGGAUGGUCGGCAUCUGGACCUCUCGCUUUGGAUUCCACAACACCUGGGAGGUCUGGGCCUACCAAGCAUUCUAUGGCCUUUUUGUGUGUCCCUGGUACAGCUACAGCCAGAUCAUGAUAUCGGAAGUGACUCCUCGGGGCAAGGAGUUCCUCUUCUUCAGCCUGUUCAGCAUCAUUGGUAAGACGUCUUCUUUCAUCGGCCCGCUGGUAUCCAGCGCCAUCAUAGAUGCUUCGCCAUCAGGGAACAAUUCGACUCCGUUCUACUUUCUGUUUGCUCUUAGUCUGGCAAGCUUUGUGUUCCUUUUCUUCUUCGUGGAUGUACCGACGAGCCGGAGGGAACAAGCGCUCUUUUUGGCCAGAGAGAAGGCGAGAAUUGCAGAGAGGGAAGAGCCUUCGACCGGCUGA